AAAGGAAGGUAGCUCGUACAGGUAUAGCAUUAUCCCUUAAAGUGGAUUGAAGUGUUUCACGUCCCUGGUGCUGGUGAGAAGUGCUGCAACAAGAACCCUCAGGCCGCUCUCGCCUGCAAGAGAAGCAGGUCCACGUGAACUGUGACAAUCCUCCUCGCUCCUCCCAUCGCAUCCUGCCACACCACGUACAGCUAAGAGAUCUGAAAAGGGACACCCAGCUGCUGCCAAGGAGCUGAAUUCCGGUGUUACCAAUACGGCACACAGUGCGGUUUGAUGGAGAUGAGAUAAAUAUUACACACGGCUGGGGCGUCUGCCUGGGAUGCUGUGGCUGUUUCUUUGUUCCAGUCGAUGCUGGGGGCUGCUGGAGUAUUACUCUAAUACGUCACCAAAAUGAGUGAAAAGGAAAACCAAGGAGAUCCAGCGGAUAUGGGUGAUUUAACAGAAAGUGGAGAAUAUGAGGAUGAUUUUGAAAAAGACCUCGACUGGCUAAUUAAUGAAGAAGAAAAAGAAAACCUUGGUGAAAUAGAGAAUCCUGAAAAAAAUGAAGAGAAUAUUGAAGCACAAAUUGUUAAAGUUGUGGACAACUUUGAGGAAGACAAUGAGGAAAUGGAAGAAAAUCCAAAUCAGCUUUCAGAGGCAGAUGUAGAUGUGAAAGCGAGACCCUCCAAUGAAGAAAAUUUGGAAUCCAGUUCUGAUAUUAAACAGGGGGACCGUGUAUCUGAUACUGAUAGUGAAAGCUCUCUCCAAGAAUCCAAGCUGGAAAAGCAGCAGGAACUGGAUGAGGAAGAAGAUGAAGAAAUAAAGCGUUACAUCUUGGAAAAGAUUGAGGAGGCCAACAAACUGCUAGAGAAUCAGGCUCCUGUGGAUCAGAACAGAGAACGGAAAUUAAAAUUUAAGGAUAAGUUGGUGGAUCUUGAAGUUCCUCCUUUAGAAGAUGCUGAAAUUUGCAAAACUGACCUUGCAAGAGGAGAUGAUGUUUCAAAUAGGCUAUCUCGGUUGCAUAUUUCUAAUGAAAUGGGACAGGAAAGCACAUCACUUUCACCACGUGCUGGCAAGGAUGAGGAAAAGAAGGAUGGUAAAAUCCUAGUGGAAAAAGAUGGGAAGUUUGAACUCCUAAGUUUAUGUGAUAUUGAAAGCCAGGGCUUUUUGCCCCCAAUAAGCGUUUCUUUUACUGAUAUUGAAACUCAACAGAUGUCUCCAAAAUCCUCACACUACGGUCCUUUUGGCACUGUCUCUCGAAUGAAAGAAGUACCACCAGUAAGACCAGGAGCACAUUCUUUUUCUCCUGGUGGAGAAGAGCGUGUGUAUUUCCCUAAGCCUCCAUCUAACCCUAAGCGUCGUCCAAAUUCCGCUAUCAGUGCUGCAAGAGGUCUGGGAAAACGGAAGACUCCGCAGAGGGCGCAGUCUGCAAAUGUGCCUGUGAGAAGCUCUACUUACUGUCUUUCUCCCAGACAAAAAGAAUUGCGGAAGCAGUUGGAGCAAAGGAAGGAAAAACUGAGGAAAGAGGAAGAAGAGAGGAAAAGGGAACAAGAAGAGCAGAAGAGAAGAGAGAAUGAGAUGGUUUUUAAAGCUUGGUUACAGAAAAAGAAAGAACAAGUGCAAGAAGAAAAGCGAAUUCGUCGUGCAAAGGAGCUGGAAGACUUGAACAGCAAAGAGAGAAGCAGGAAUCCAGAAGAAGCCUUCAAGUUAUGGCUUAAAAAAAAGCACCAAGAACACAUGAAAGAAAAACAGAUAGAAAUUUUGAGACGCCAAGCUGAGGGAAUUGCCUUUUUUCCAAGAACCGAGGAAUGCAACAGAGCCUUUAAAGAAUGGCUAAAAAGAAAGAGAGAAGAAAAACGAGCGGAAGAACUAGCUGCUAAAGAGAGAGCAAGGCAGUUCAGAUUAGAAGCCCGAAGAGCAAAACAGAUGCAGAACAUCCACUGUAUUAGCUCAGAGACAAAAUCCUUCCGCUUCACAGACCAUUACAGUUGAAAGUUUGAUGUAACCAGUUAUUGGUGGCAACCCUCAUAACUUCUAUGGCUUGAGCUUUUGCUCUUUACAGCCACAAACUUUUUUGUGGUGUUUUUAAAGCUUUCAAGCAAGUUUAACGAUCACUUUCUCUGACAAUGAUUUUACUAUCUAUUUAUUUGUAAUUUUGUUGAAAAGCCUGCUUUUAUGUAUAACUCAGGGAUCUUCUUGGUUUGACCAAAUCUAAAUGAGUGUGAGAUCUAUAUAUGAGGGUGGCAAAUACACAUUCCUGUCUUUAAGAGGCACUUUAUACUCAACACCACCAUGAAUUCCUGGAUGCAGGCUAUUAUGAAAAAUGUUGAAUUUUUGCUGGAUUAAUAUUGCUGUUUGCUGCUGCUUGUGAUGAAUACUGUACAAGGUGUCAUGUUGUUGGAAAAUGCUGUUUCUUGUACCACUUUGUAUUGAUCUGUUGACCAGCUGUUAGUUCAGGCUAGGCUGGAAGACUAUUUUAUUUUAGUCAUUGAAGGUUAACAGGUAUGUGAAUGUGCAACAGGUUUUGAAACUUAUUUCUGUGAGUCAUAUUCAGUAGUUUUCUAUUCCAUGACAUUAAAAGGUGGUGUGAAUUAUGACUUUUACCAGUAUCAAGGAAGCUGGAUUCUUUGUAUACGUGUUCAUGUUUGCUAAAUUAAUUAUAAUAAACUACAUUACCCUA